AUUUGCUGGAUUCAAUCAAAGAAGAAGCUUCGAAGACUUUCUCGAGCUUGGACUCUGAUCUCCAUGGCGUACGUUGAGCGAGGAAUGAAAUGUGAAGAGAUUUAGCGGGUAAGGCACGGAAAUUGAACAUUAGCAAGGAAUAUAAUUGGGAUUAUGUGUUAUUUUUUGGGACAGGACAUUGGGUAUAUAAUACAAUCCAUUCUAUUCCAAGGUGUUGUGAAAUCCAAGCGAUCCAUUUGGCGACUCAAGACAAUAACCGACUUCUUUUGGGCCAUUGUCAACCUCAUAGGCGUGUUUUUUGCUACAAUGUUCUCGAUGGAAAAGUCGGAUGCUUACAGAAAAGGAUUAGCUUCUGGAAAGAAAUGGGAUGGUGGUGGCCCCGGAGGCCCUGGAGGGGGACCAUAUGGUGGUCGUCCACGUGGACCACCUCGUGGACUAGACAAUGUUCGUGGAAUUGACCAUAGUUCUCUACCUGCCUGUGGUUCCUGCUGCGGUUAAAGGGGGAAGAGCAUAUUGUGUAUCUGUCAUUGUGCGUCGAAAUGGUUGGUUUCAAGUUUAGGAGUGGUUAUUUAGUACAUUUAAUGCACAUAUAUCAUAUAGUGGGCAUGGACAGGGAAGAGAAAAACUAUUAUAUGCAAUAAUCGACUGCAUUUGCCAUCUUCUGAUGCUUCUACUUUAGUACUCAUCUGGCUGUUUAAUUUUCAUUUUUUUCCAAUUUAAAUGUGGCUGUUUAUCUGUAUAAAUGCUGUAAGAGAGCUAUGAUGAUAUAAUUUCAAGGAUGUGAAUCUUUUA